AUGACACACCAACGUGACAACGACGCCGAUCGCGACAACUCUGGAAACCCCAGAGAAGAGUACGCCGAGGAUAACUCUCCUGAUUCUCCUGACUCUCCUGAUCAGCCCCCUUCCCAGAGACGCUCGGAACGGGGUCGCCAAACUGAAACGAUCCCAAUUAUUGUCAGGCAAGAGGAGAACUGGGGCCCAGACUUUUGGCGUGAUCCCCCAGGGACUCAUUUAAUGCGCGACACGCUGAAAAAUCGAGCCAUGUUUUAUAGUCUCGCCAGACAAGGCUUCUACCCACCCAUGUGCAGAUACGAAAGAAGAAAGAUGCAGCAUCUAGUGCGACCUCCAACACGCGGACUUCCCUACUCCAAAGAACGACUCGCGGCCCUUAAUGAGGCUUUACGAAAACUGGAAGACCCUAAUGCCGUAUUCGAUCCCGACUUCGAAGCCGACCUUAUCGCCGAAUAUGAAGGCGACCUUCAAGCCCAACGUGAAGCUGUGAUUAGAGCCGAACAGUCUGCCCGCCGUAGGGCGCGGCUUGAAGUCCGUCGUGAAGCCCAACAAGCGGAACUUGCUGCCAGGCGUGCUCGACAGGAAGCCCACCGCCAGUCGUCUCUUGGAGACGCAGCUCCCCGUUCUGCGUACUUCGAUCAGAGUGCUCUGGAUGCCAUGUCCAGAGUUGCGGCUGGUUCUUCUGCCGAAGCUGAAGAAUCUGCUGAUGAACGGCCUGAGUCAUCCGGAAGACCCCGUAAACGUCGAAAAAUUGCCAUCGACGAUGAAGACAGCGAUGAGAGACCCCAUACUUGGUCUGGAACGGGCUGGGACGACCACCAGAAGAUUGCGCCUGACUUGCAAGAAUCAGGAGGAUUCCCGGACCAAGACGGCGAUGAUGUGUUUCUGGACGCGUCGGAUGAAUUUGACGACUCUCCUGUGUCAGCACCAGUCGUUAGCCCAAGGGAUUUCGAGAAUUUGUAUGAAGAUGACUCUUCCGACGAACCAAUUGCUUCUUCUUCGCGGGAUGUUCCUCGCCCUUCUGCUCCCUUCAAUCAGACUACUCACGUUGGUUCUGACGUUUCCCAAUCUCCAAGAAGAUCGGUUCCAAAUUACCAGCCCCGACCUGUGUUUGUCAAGGAGUCUGCGCCCGAUCCUGAUGGGCCCUCUGACAGCAGCUCUGGCGAGGAAAGCGACGACAACAACAAGCCCAACCGGGACAAAGGCAAGGCUCCAGCUUCCAGCAGCGACGACAUCUCUGCAUCUGAGUCAGAUCCAUCAUAUUCGCCUCCUUCGAAAGCCCCCGCAACUACUUUGGAACAACAAAAAGUUGCUUCUCUGGACCGAUCUGGGUUGGCGGAGGAGUCGGUGCCCAAUCCAGAUGGGCCCUCCAGCAGCAGAUCUGGCGAGGAAAACCGAACCCACGACACCGAAAAUAACGGCAGCGUCGUCCCCAACAGCUCCAUCCCCCAGGUACAUGAUGCCGACGAACGCUCGAAUGCGGCGUCUCAGCCUGAGCAACCCACACCCUAUUUACCUGGUUCUGACGUUGCCGAUGACCCCCGCGGCUCCGAAGCUAGUCUUGUCCGUGGUACCCCGACUGACCAGAACACUGCGAACAACGCUUCUAUAAGAUUGACGAGGGAACUAGAGUCACUUACACAACAGCCGACCAAGCCCAAGCCCAAUACCGGGAACAACACACGCCGUCAAGGUACAGGAGGUAAAGGACUUGGGAAAGGAGGCGCAAAGCGACACCGAAAGGUUAUUAAAGAUGUCAUUCAGGGUGUUACUAAGCCUUCUCUCCGACGAAUUGCGCGCCGUGGCGGUGUGAAACGAAUCUCCACCCAGAUCUACGAGGAGGGCCGAACUAUGCUGAAAAUCUUUCUUGAGAACCUCAUUAAAGAUGCUGUCGCCUACACCGAGCAUGCCAAGAGAAAGACUGUCACCUCCCUGGAUGUUGUCUAUGCUGCCAAGCGACGGGGUCGUCCCAUUUAUGGCUACGGUUGGAGCAGGUAA